AAAGAAGCCGUAGCAGCAGCAGUCGCAGCAGCACUAGCAGCAGUACUGCUACUACUAGUACUACUACUAGUACUACUAGUACUUGGACAUGACCUUCAGCUGUUGCGUCACAACUUUACUGUUACACACAACCACAGGAAGAAGAAAACAAAGUGCAGCAACGAGCAGCAGCUUCUCUACAGAGCAGGGUCCAGCUCAGGAAGUGAACAGCUGAGUGACUUCACUUUGUUUUCCGCCGGGCAAGAAAAAAGGAGUUUGCUGAUUGAAGAAGCGUUUCCAAACUGGGACAUGUCAUACAUCAUAGCCUUUCCUCCUCCGUCCUGACAAAAGGAUCCUGACAGUCUACCUCAACAAACGUGUCAUCCAUCCUCUCUCUUCUACCUCUUAGCACAUCCCCUACUCCUUCACUACCUCAGCAUGUACUGUAAAUGCACAUAGCUCUUAUCAACCGCGUCAGAAAGUCCAACUGACCCUUCACGUUAUCACCGGUGCUCUCGGGUGUCAGUCAUCCAGCGAUAGUGGAACAGUUGACUGGGUUUCUUCCGCCUUUACAGCACAUAAUCACUAUCUGACACUGUGCCAGGAGGUGCCGCCUGGAGCAGCCAUGUUGGGCGUGGUUUUGUGAUGUCAGAGCCCUGCGGCAGACCAGCACCAGGAUCUUGGGAAGAGCGGAGUUACCGAAACGCUCCUCUGUUCGUGGUUGGCAGCGAAGAUGAUGAACAGGACAUGGGUCAAGUGGAGACAGGCAUGAGGAACGAGAUGUUUCGAGAGGAAGAAAUGGAGGAUGAUGAAGAUGGGUCGCCAUCGGAGCGACAGAUUGUGGUCGGCAUUUGUGCCAUGAUGAAAAAGUCCAAAUCCAAGCCCAUGACUCAGAUCCUGGAGCGCCUUUGUAAGUUUGACUACAUCGACAUGGUCAUCUUUCCUGAGGAGGUGAUCCUGGAGGAACCUGUGGAGAAAUGGCCCCUCUGCGACUGCCUCAUCUCCUUCCACUCCAAAGGAUUCCCUCUUGACAAAGCUGUGGAGUACGCCAAGCUCAGGAAUCCACUGCUCAUCAAUGACCUCAAUAUGCAGUAUUUCAUACAGGACAGGAGAGAAGUUUACCGGAUCCUAAGAGAAGAGGGCAUUGACCUACCUCGCUACGCUGUGUUAAACCGAGAUCCCGACAAGCCUCAGGAGUGUAAUCUUGUGGAGGGUGAGGACCACGUGGAAGUGAAUGGGGAGGUGUUCCCGAAACCCUUUGUGGAGAAACCUGUGUGCGCUGAAGACCACAACGUCUACAUCUAUUACCCAACAUCUGCUGGAGGAGGCAGCCAGAGACUCUUCAGAAAGAUUGGGAGUCGGAGUAGUGUAUACUCACCAGAGAGCAAUGUUCGAAAGACUGGAUCCUACAUCUACGAGGAGUUCAUGCCCACAGAUGGCACAGACGUGAAGGUUUACACUGUGGGUCCAGACUACGCCCACGCCGAGGCACGAAAGUCUCCUGCUCUCGACGGAAAGGUAGAGAGGGACAGCGAGGGGAAGGAGAUCCGCUACCCCGUCAUGCUUACUGCCAUGGAGAAACUGGUGGCUCGCAAGGUCUGCCUGGCUUUCAAGCAAACGGUUUGUGGAUUUGAUCUGCUCAGAGCCAAUGGCCACUCCUUUGUCUGUGACGUUAACGGUUUCAGCUUCGUCAAAAAUUCCAUGAAGUACUACGACGACUGUGCCAAAGUCCUGGGGAACAUGGUAAUGAGGGAGUUAGCCCCCCAGUUCCACAUCCCCUGGUCCAUUCCAAUGGAGGCUGAAGACAUCCCCAUCGUCCCAACCACCUCAGGAACCAUGAUGGAGCUGCGCUGUGUUAUUGCCAUCAUCCGUCAUGGAGAUCGCACACCAAAGCAGAAGAUGAAAAUGGAGGUUCGACAUCCUCUGUUCUUCGACUUGUUUGAGAAGCAUGGAGGCUAUAAAUCAGGAAAGCUAAAGCUAAAAAAGCCAAAACAGCUACAAGAAGUGCUGGACAUUGCCCGCAUGCUGCUGGCUGAACUGGGCCAGCAUCACGAUUGUGAGAUCGAGGAGAAGAAAUCUAAACUGGAACAGCUCAAGACCGUCCUGGAGAUGUACGGUCAUUUCUCAGGUAUCAACAGGAAAGUCCAGCUCACCUACCUGCGUAACGGCCAACCUAAAGCUUCCAGCGAAGAAGAAGACUCUAAGAGGGACGGUCCUUCUCUGCUGCUGGUGUUAAAGUGGGGCGGGGAGCUUACGCCUGCAGGCCGGGUUCAGGCUGAGGAGCUGGGCAGGGCCUUUCGCUGCAUGUAUCCUGGAGGUCAAGGUGACUAUGCUGGGUUUCCUGGGUGUGGCCUCCUGCGCCUGCACAGCACUUACCGCCACGACUUGAAGAUCUACGCCUCUGACGAAGGCAGAGUGCAGAUGACAGCUGCUGCGUUUGCCAAGGGUCUGCUGGCUCUGGAAGGAGAGUUGACACCGAUCCUGGUCCAGAUGGUGAAGAGUGCCAACAUGAAUGGACUGCUGGACAGUGACAGCGACUCUCUCACUGACUGCCAGCAGAAGGUGAAGGCCAGGCUUCAUGAAAGCAUGCAGAAGGAUCAGGACUUUGCAGCUGAAGCUUAUGAGAAGUUGGCCCCAACAGGUAGUCCUUCCCUGGUGAAUUCCAUGAAGAUCAUUCAGAAUCCAGUCAACACUUGUGAUAAGGUCUACACCCUCAUCCAGAGUCUUACCAAACAGAUCAGGAAGAGACUGGAGGACCCCACGUCUGCAGAUCUGCAGCUCUACCACAGCGAGACAUUGGAGCUGAUGCUUCAGCGCUGGUCCAAAUUAGAGAGAGAUUUCCGCACGAAGAAUGGGCGCUACGACAUCAGCAAGAUCCCCGACAUCUACGACUGCAUCAAAUACGACUCACAGCACAAUGCCUCCCUAGGACUGGAGGACACGCUGGAGCUGUUUAGACUGUCCCGCGCUCUGGCUGACAUAGUUAUACCACAGGAGUAUGGCAUCAGCAAAGCUGAGAAGCUGGACAUUGCUCAGGCUUACUGUGUUCCUCUGAUGAAGAAAAUCCAGCUCGACAUGCAGAGGACCCAUGAGGAUGAGGCUGUUAACAAGCUGCACCCCCUGUAUUCUCGGGGUGUGAUGUCUCCUGGUCGUCACGUCCGCACACGUCUGUACUUCACCAGCGAAAGCCACGUCCACUCCCUGCUCAGUGUCUUCCGCUACGGAGGCCUGCUGAAUGAGGAGAAAGACCAGCAGUGGAAACAGGCGAUGGACUACCUGAGUGCUGUGACUGAGCUUAACUACAUGACACAGAUAGUCAUCAUGCUGUAUGAAGACAACAAUAAGGACCCCUCCUCAGAAGAGCGUUUCCAUGUCGAGCUUCAUUUCAGCCCAGGAGUCAAAGGAUGUGAGGAUGAGGAGAAUGUACCUCUCGGCUUCGGCUUCCGCCCGGCCUCCUCUGAGAACCAAGACAAACAGCCGGAUCAGGGCAGUCUAGAGGACCUCUCCCAGGACCAGCCAGACCAGGCAGUUCUUAUUUCUGAGCCGAUCAACAUCCAGCGAAGGUCUCCCAUGAUCCGCAACCGCAAGACGGGCUCCAUGGAGGUCCUCUCUGAGACCCCUCCCGACGCGUCCUCCAAGGGCUGCACCUUCCACCGACUCUUGCCCUCCUGUUCAUACCAGUCUCCUGAGAUCAAACCAACCAUUGGCCUAGGCUCACUCUGCUCUGGGCUCUUCAGUGCCUCUGCCCUCGGGGUGUCCUGUAGCGCCCCCAACCUGCGGGACUACGUCCGCACGCACCACCACCACCACCGAAAGCCACCUCUGUCCCCCGGCAGCCUGCCAUGCCAGAUUGGAAUGUUUGAGCUGUUCUCUAUGCCGGCAGUAAAGAGAUUUUCUGUGUCGUUUGCCAGGCAUCCGACUAAUGGUUUUGAAGGCUGCUCCAUGGUGCCUUCUAUCUACCCGCUGGAGACGCUGCACAACUCGCUCUCAUUGAAGCAGGUGGACGAGUUUCUCAACACGGUGUGUGAGAGCAGCAGCGAGGCCCACGCCAAAACCAUGAAAGCGCUCUCCAGCCUGUUUGACUCUCAGAGCCAGACGUCUCUCUACAGCCCACAGCAGCCUCUGUCCUCCUCUGGAUCUGAGACUUCUCUGCGGCCGCCAAGUCAGCCUCUGUGGCAUGGCAGCAUCCCCUCCAGUACUGUGUCCAGUGCGGGCCCCUCUUCGCCGGCCACAGAGAGCUCUGGCCUGAGCUUCAGCUUCAGUGAGUAGGCUGACGCGAGGACUUGUGGUUAUCUGAGAGGAGACGACAUUAGGCCCUUCCUAAUAAGUCUGUUCCUCUCAGUGCUUUUCUACAUCUUCCUUGUUGUCCCUCUGCUCAUGAGCCCAAAGAAACACUGGAGGGAAAUGAUUCUGGACGAGUCUUUCCUGCCUUAAGUAUUACAAACUGUUAAUAAAACCACUCACACACAACAGUGACUCUUCUGGUGUAGCCAGACCACAGCUCAACCACCUCCCCCCCUGCUCCGCACUGUAAGAAAACUCUGCACCCUCACCAGUUCUAAACCUCUCACCUGCAUCUUCGUCUUCAGUUCCGCUGCAAUUUCAUCAAGCCGCUGCAGCUCCUUCAACAGUGCAGCGAGCCAAAACUCAGACCAGUUGUGCCUGUGAUGUCAUUUUGAUACUGCCCACGUCGAAACCCAACGCUUCAACCACCAGCUGCCUCAUGAAACUACCUGCACCUACAGCUGCAAUGCCUGAGGCCGCCAGUCAGCUGUCAUCUAGUCAGAUUUGAGAAUACAAAAGGUAAACAUGUCUCAGCUGUACAACAGCCAGCCAUUGUCAAUCCUUUUAUAAAUCUGUUUGUUGAGCAUGAAGUGGGGGGGGGGGGAAUCAAAGCUUUGAAAAAAUACUUUAAACUUGUGGAAAUGAGUCAGAUAAGUGUGUUAAUAUCACUCUGAUCUGUUAGUUGAAUAUGAUGAAAAAUCAGUUGGCUUCGCACUGUACAAAGAGAGAGGAGGUAAACGCCAAGUCUCUUUCCAAAAAUAUUGAAACGCUUCCUCCAAUCGACACGUUUUAUCUGUUUGUGAUUUGUAUAAAAUUGAAAGUGUAAAGAG